AUGACGCCACUGGACAACACGCCAGCCUCGUUGAUCACCGUGUGUAGUGGAAUUACGGUUAAUGCCAACGAUGGCUUACCGGAAUGGGUGUGCAACGAUUGUCUGGAAGCAUUGCAUUCUUACAAAACACAUCUAGAUCGUCAUGAAGGAAAUCUGCCAUUUUCUUGUAACGCUUGUGAGAAAAAGUUCAGGAGCUCUCAUAACUUGAAUAGACAUGUGCGUAAUUUUCAUUUAUGCAUCAAACCGUAUAGCUGCAGCUUUUGUGAUAAAAAAUUUGGAUUUCAAAGCAACAAAAAACAGCAUGAAUACUCGCACACUGGAAACUAUCCGUUUGCUUGCUCUUACUGUCCACGAAAAUUCAGCAGGAAAAAAAUACAUCUACGCCACAUGGAAAAUUUCCUACGCACGCAACCGAAGCAAGUCCUACGCACGGAACCGAAGCCUGUUAACAACGGUAAUGAUAAAAAGGGAACAAGGAAAAAAUCUGUACGUAAACCUGUCGACGGGUGCGAGCCUUCAGGAAGUAAAUUUCGUUGUCUUUUUUGCAACAAUUUAUUCAUGAGCAGGGCUGGGGUUAAGAUCCACAUUUCGAAUAUGCACUACAAGAUAAAACCAUUUUGUUGCGAGGUGUGUGGUUUUCGUUUCCAUACCAAACAUGCUCUCAAGCUACAUCUAGAUCGCCACGCAGUUUUGAAAGCACAAAAUGAUCUGAAUAUGAAAAUGCAUCCAUGGGCUAACCUUCUCGAGUGA